UCGGAAAACGCAGGCCUCGGAUAUCACACGCCACGUCCUAUUGAAGUAACAUCUGCCGACCCAAGGAUUUGCUUCGUAUCACUCAGACACAAGCGACAUCAACAUCAUCGAUCGAACAUUUGAGUUUACAUUGCGUUCAGCUAGAAGACGAAGAAAAUGGGUGAAGAUCAUUUCAGACAGAUUGAACAUCGUGGUCGAACCGCCACAGCGAUACUAAGCGUUGUACAGGAAGCCUCGCAGUUCGAGCGCGAACGGAUCACAGAACUUAUGGUCGGUCAACACAGCGAAGAAAUCGAGUCUCUAAAGGAAAAAAUUGAAGAGAAGAACGAAGAGAUAUCACGUUUACACAAAGCAAUGAAAGAUCUCGAGGACAAGAACAAAAAGUUGGACGUCGCUUUGAAAACAAGGAUCGAGGAAAUUACCAAGCUUAAGACCAGGAUUGGAAAACUGGAAGCUGAAAAGAAAGGCCUGGAAGACAAGUUAAGAAAUGUCGAAGGGAAGCUGGAUCGCGUCGAGAAGGAAGUUGAGGAGCUAGAGAAGGCAAACCAGGCUCACGACGAAGAAAACGUAAAUCUAAGAGAACAUUUAGAAAUAAUGUCUGGUGAAAUGGAAAGUGUCAAAAAAGAUUUGGUUCUGGCCAGAAAUGAAAAUCAAAAUUUGAAGAGGGAGGUAAAAGAUCUACAAGAUACACAUCAAAAGCUCUUCCCAUUAACACUGGGUACCAAAGAAGGAAGGCAAAUGCUGGCUGCUCCACCGCCAGUCUCCCCUGACGUUCAAGCGUCUUUGCGACUGGGCGAACUAAGUCGUCAACUUCAAGCCAAGAUGUACGCGUAUGUUCUGCCACAGUUGUUUACCCCGAUCGGUAAUUAUAAGGUGAAAACCAUUCGUCGCGACGUCGAAAAGCUUCCCAAAACUGAAGAGGAGAAAGAGAAAGCAAGACAGAAGUGGGCAGAACUCCAGAGUAAGCUCAACUGGAACGAGACGUACGAGGAAGCGAUUAAACAACUCCAGCAAAACAGGAAUGCUGAUGCCCACCCCAGAAUAACGACGCAAUCACUGCACGAAGCAGUGGAUGUCAUGGAUUCAAAAGGGAACCUGAAAGGUUGGCUCUCUCGGGACUGCGUUACUGUAUUGAUCACUAUGUGGGAACAACUUAGUCGCUGCAAUUAGUUCCUCCUACGGAGAUUUCAAUUUUUUAGUUAUAACUUGUUGCUGAAUAGGCUUUUAUUGAAAAUGCUAUGGGAGUGAGAUUGUUAUUUGAUGAUAUACACUUUUUUUAUUUCGUAGGUUCGAAGAAGAUAUAUUAGGCACACAAAAGUUGUGAUGUAUAUUUUCUUCUUUAAUAGUUUACAAAGUAUUUUCUCGUAGUUCAGCCCGAGGGUUUAGGUUACAUGACCAUAGUUCAAAGGCAACCAGGCUGAGCUGGUUAAUGCUUUCUGAAAUCAAUUCACAACAAUGGAGAAAGACGGCAUGGAGCGUCCGAAUCAAUACACAUUCUUGCCAUGUAUGUACUGCUUUCUAACCAAGUUCUAGUCUUCUUUUUUUAUACCAUUUUGAAUUGGAAGAAAGAUUGUAUUUUCUUCUGACUC